CACAGUACUGUUCUCAAAGAUUCUCUCUCCAUUACAUGCAACUAAACAUACCCUUUCUCCCUCCCUCCCUCUUCUAUUAUAAAAACCCCUCACACACCUUCCCCUCAACUCCACACCAUAACACACAAACUUCACAAACACAUACACUACUUCAAUUGAACGCACAAUGGAGUCCCUUUCCUCCACCAAACACAAUCACAAUCCUUCUAAGCCUAAUUCUCUUCACUUAGAGAACCAGCCUCAACUACCACCGGAGCCAAGUCCUCUACGUAAGAUCAUCGUCGUGGCGUCUAUUGCUGCCGGUGUUCAGUUUGGAUGGGCUUUACAGCUCUCCUUGCUGACUCCCUACGUCCAGCUGCUUGGUAUUCCACACACUUGGGCCGCUUAUAUCUGGCUCUGCGGCCCAAUAAGUGGGAUGCUUGUGCAGCCUAUAGUAGGCUACCAUAGUGACCGCUGCACGUCGCGGUUUGGACGUCGGCGGCCCUUCAUUGCUGCCGGCGCUUUAGCGGUUGCCAUCGCAGUGUUCCUUAUAGGCUACGCUGCUGACAUGGGACACAUGUUUGGUGACUCGCUGGAGAAGAAGGCCCGCCCGCGCGCCAUAGCCAUCUUCGUGGUCGGGUUCUGGAUCCUUGACGUGGCGAACAACAUGCUUCAAGGUCCAUGCCGGGCACUUCUCGCCGACCUCGCUGCUGGAGAUCAACGGAAAACGCGGACGGCCAACGCUGGCUUCUCCUUCUUCAUGGCGGUGGGAAACGUCCUAGGAUACGCCGCCGGUUCCUACAGCGGUCUCCACCACAUAUUCCCGUUCACAAAAACGAAAGCAUGUGAUGUAUACUGUGCAAAUCUCAAAAGCUGCUUCUUCCUCUCAAUCGCGAUGUUGCUAACUCUAGCCACGGCGGCGUCGGUAUACGUCAAAGAGAAACCACUCUCGCCGGAGAAAUCAACGGCGGCGGACGCCGAGGACGAAGGGAAAUCACACGGCAUGCCGUGCUUCGGAGAAUUGUCUGGCGCGUUCCGCGAAUUGAAGAGGCCGAUGUGGAUCUUGUUGCUGGUGACGUGUCUGAAUUGGAUCGCGUGGUUCCCGUUCUUGCUCUUCGACACCGAUUGGAUGGGGAGAGAAGUGUACGGCGGAACGGUUGGUGUUGGUAAGGCAUACGAUAUGGGAGUACGCGCCGGAGCCUUAGGGUUGAUGUUGAACUCGCUUGUGCUCGGAGCGGCGUCGUUGGGGGUGGAGAUUUUGGCGCGUGCAGUUGGUGGAGUUAAGAGGCUUUGGGGAAUCGUGAACUUCAUUCUUGCAAUUUGUCUUGCAAUGACGGUUUUGGUUACCAAGCAAGCCGAGCACUCGCGCCAUUUCGCCCCUGGAUCAAACGACCCUCUUCCGCCGCCCGGACACGUUAAGGCCGGCGCUUUGGCUCUCUUCUCCGUUCUUGGAAUUCCCCUUGCGAUUACUUACAGCAUACCCUUUGCUCUAGCAUCUAUAUUCUCUACCUCCACAGGAGCAGGACAAGGGUUAUCUCUAGGAGUUCUCAAUCUUGCAAUUGUCAUACCACAGAUGGUGAUUUCUGUAACUAGUGGACCAUGGGAUGCUCUGUUUGGUGGUGGAAACUUGCCAGCAUUUGUGGUGGGAGCAGUGGCAGCAGCAGCAAGUGGCAUAUUAUCCAUAAUCCUGCUACCAUCACCGCCGCCGGAUUUGGCCAAGGCCGCAACUGCCGCCGGAGGAGGCUUCCAUUAAGCCAGUGCAGCAACAUACAUCUCAGAUCUCUUUUUUUGUCCCAGUCUUUCAAUAUUAGUAGCCAAAAACCAAAAGAAAAAAGGGAAAAAGAAGUUUUUGGUAUUUGAAGUUGGUUGUGUAUAAGGCCUUUUUAGAUCCCAAGAAGAAAAAAAACAAAUAUGCUGCAAUUUCCCUUUUUGUGGCAUCAAUGACUAAUAACAGUCAUCUCAAUUGUAAAGCCUUGAUGUGGCUGUACAUAACCCUGUUUCACCAGAAAGGUUCCAGCCUUGUCUUUUUAUUUAUAUGAUCAUGUUUUUAGUACCCUUUUUUUUGAGGAAUGUAGUGAUAAAAAGCUAGCUUGCAUGCAUGGAUGGUUAAUCCAUUAAUAAUACCAUGUGAUGGGGAGGAAUUCCUGAAUUUGACUA